UAUCUAUCAGAAAGCACUCAAAAGAAAAUGAAAAAGAAAAGAAAGGAAAGAGAAUUUUUUGAAAAAGGUAAUUAUAUAACUUAAGAGUCUAUCUAUUAUAUAUUGAAGCUCCCUCUCUCCCUCCUUCCACACACUACACUCCAAAGAGCUCAAAAGGUUCUCCAAUAGGUUAGCCAUGGCUGCAGAGAAGGUGGAGACUGUUGUUGCCGGGAAUUACGUGGAAAUGGAGAGGGCAGAAGAGGAUGAAAAGUCUACCAGCUCGGCCAAGACCACACUGUCAAGGAUGUUUUGGCAUGGUGGUUCAGUUUAUGAUGCUUGGUUCAGCUGCUCAUCAAAUCAGGUUGCACAAGUGCUGCUUACACUGCCAUACUCAUUCUCUCAACUUGGAAUGGUGUCUGGAAUUCUGUUUCAACUUUUCUAUGGGCUGAUGGGGAGCUGGACUGCUUACCUCAUCAGUGUGCUUUAUGUUGAGUACAGGACUAGGAAGGAAAGGGAGAAAGUCGAUUUUCGAAACCAUGUCAUUCAGUGGUUUGAAGUUCUUGAUGGUCUACUUGGGAAGCAUUGGAGAAAUAUAGGCCUGUUUUUCAACUGCACUUUUCUUCUGUUUGGAUCUGUGAUUCAGCUCAUUGCAUGUGCAAGUAACAUAUAUUACAUAAAUGACAAUCUUGAUAAAAGAACAUGGACAUACAUAUUCGGAGCUUGCUGUGCCACAACUGUCUUUAUCCCUUCAUUCCACAACUACAGGAUUUGGUCAUUUUUAGGCCUUAUUAUGACAUCUUACACAGCUUGGUACCUAACUGCUGCUUCCCUCAUCCAUGGCCAGGUUGAAGAAGUGAAGCAUUCAGGGCCAACCACAAUGGUCCUUUACUUUACUGGAGCUACAAACAUUCUUUAUACAUUUGGUGGACAUGCUGUCACUGUGGAAAUAAUGCAUGCAAUGUGGAAGCCACAAAAGUUCAAGCUAAUAUACUUGCUAGCAACCAUUUAUGUUCUAACAUUGACUCUUCCAUCAGCAAGUGCUGUCUAUUGGGCUUUUGGGGAUAAGCUUUUGAACAGAUCCAAUGCUUUGGCUUUGCUCCCAAGAACUGCUUUUAGAGACAUUGCUGUAAUCCUCAUGCUCAUCCACCAGUUUAUAACAUUUGGAUUCGCGUGCACCCCGCUGUACUUUGUGUGGGAGAAAUUCAUAGGCGUGCACGAGACUAAAAGCUUGAUCAAGCGCGCCAUAGCCCGGCUGCCGGUGGUGAUUCCUAUAUGGUUUCUGGCAAUUAUUUUCCCAUUCUUUGGGCCAAUUAACUCCACAGUUGGAUCACUUCUUGUUAGCUUCACUGUCUACAUCAUUCCAGCCUUGGCACAUAUGAUCACUUUUGCUUCUGCCUCAGCCAGAGAGAAUGCAGUGGAGAGGCCACCAAGAUAUGUUGGGGGGUGGGUUGGAUUGUACUCAGUGAACAUAUUUGUGGUGGUGUGGGUUUUCAUUGUUGGCUUUGGAUUUGGAGGGUGGGCAAGCAUGGUCAAUUUUGUACACCAAAUUGACACUUUUGGCCUCUUCACCAAAUGCUAUCAGUGCCCCAAACAUGCAUAAAGAUUAAGGUUAUAUGUAUAUGGCUUGCAAUUGACAGUGGUUAUUACAAGUCAAGAAGAAGAGAAGUUGUGGUAGUAUAUUUUGUCAGAACUAUACUUAUGUAAGUGUGUAAAAAUUCAAGAUUGUCUUUGUAGGACCAGCUUUGGUUAGUACUUUCUUGGGACAUCAUUCCCUCUUCUGUUGAAGGGUUUCUUCAACAUUAUAAGUGUGCCUGUUGAUGCAUGUUUGUGUUAAGAAAUUAAUGUAAUUCCCUUUGUUUUUUCGGGAUCACUAUAUAUAUGUAUGUAUGUAUGUUUCUAUUAA